CUUGUUGUUAGUUUGUAAAUGAAAACAGACAGUUACACUCUGUGGCUAUCGCUUAUUAUAUACAAUGUUUUUGAAAACUUAAUUAUUUAAAUUGUCAUUCGCAGGUAUAUACUACUAGUAGGCGACUAUGGAUACAGACAAAAGGACACGUGAAGGUGAUUCACUUGACAAGGAACCUCUUCCUCUGGCUCUGCCUCUGCUGGUACAGUCGCCACCUGCUAGUAAUACUUAUACUAUUACUAAUAGUAGUAUUGUUGACCAUGCUGGUGAUGCAAAUUCUACUGUAGAACUAUGCCAACGUGUUCAGAUGCCUUCGCCAGCAGAGCAUGUAGUUGAGGCAAAAGUUAGCAAUCUGGCACCUACAGAAAUGCAGGCUACAGCGCCCCAUAAAAAACAGAAUGUUGCGUUUAAAAUGCCUAUGAUGGUCGGACCACGGCCGGGUUUUUCUAAGCAUUCAAAGACAAUUGAACCUGCAGCCGAAAGCAUCAGUCGUUCUGAGAUUACACAGAAAAGUGCAACCCCGCACUUAACAGCACAAGGAAUUCCUGAGGAGGACAACAGUGAAACGGCCAAUAUAAGCGAAAACUCAGAAUCCAGUAAUGCGGAAGAUAUUGACAAGUCCAAAUACAAUAAUAUUACUAAUCAUUCCUCAGUUAAAUCACCGGUAACACGACUAGAAGAAAAGGUCGCCCAAAUCCCUUACAAGGAGCCAUCAUGGGGUGGUAUUUCCUUACAUGAAUAUAAAUUUGAGGUGUUGAGGAAUGGUUCAAUAAUUUCUACUGUCGACCUUGACAAUAAAUCCUUCUAUGUGUUUGGGCGGUUGGAAAGCUGUGACAUAGUGAUGGAACACCCUUCAUUGUCACGAUACCAUGCUGUAGUCCAGUACCGGUCAUCGACAUCUGGUGGUCACAACAAGGGCUUCUACCUGUUCGACCUCAACAGUACCCAUGGCACAUACCUCAAUAAGGAGAAAAUCAGACCAAAAACGUACUACAGGAUUCACGUUGGCCACAUAAUAAAAUUUGCAGGGAGUACACGGCUCUAUUUGCUUCAGGGUCCAGAUGAGGAUCAAGAGGAGGAGUCCGAGCUUAGUGUAACUGAGCUGAAGAUGCUGAGGAAACAGGAGGAGGCAGAGUUGCAGAAGGAGCUGGAUGAGUCUGAUGGGAAAGAUACAGGAGAAGGCGAGAGCCAACAGGAGGAGGAAGAAUCCCAACAAUCUGGGAUUAACUGGGGGAUGGGUGAGGAUGCUGUAGAAGAAGAUCCAUUAGCAGAAAAUCCUUUUGCACUUGAGGUAUUCUCCCAGAAGGAGUACAGAGAUCCUAAGAAGACUCUACGUGGCUUUUUCGAACGUGAAGGUUUGGAGUUGGUAUAUGAUGUUACAGAAAAAGGACCAUCUCACAAUAAGCAAUACAACUGCAGAGUGAAGCUUCCUAUCGAGGGCAAUCAGGGGGAGCCACUAUAUGCUGAGGCUAGCAUCAUAGGAAAGAAGAAAGAAGCCGUGCUGCAAUGUGCACUAUCAGCUUGUCGUAUACUGGAUGCCAACAACCUUCUACGACAGGCAUCUCAUGAGAGCCACAAAAGAAAGCUGAAGAGCUUACACGCCGAAGAUUAUUACAGCAGUGAUGACGACAAUUUUCUCGACAGAACCGGCACUGUUGAGCAAAAACGUGUUCAGCGACUGAAACGUGCGGGCAAGGAGGAAAAGGCGGUUGAAACUUACGACUCACUUUUGGAGAUGCUGAAAACUGUUGAGACUUGCAUAGCAGAGAAUGAAGCCAUAUUGAAGCAAGCCAGCACAGAGGUACAGGAUACUGGAGAGGUGGAUCCACUUGAUGCGUUCAUGAAUAAUAUUCGAGCAACGGGAGGAUUUGGAGCAAAGGAGAGGAUGGAGAUGAAGAAACAAAUUUUUGAGUUGAGAAAUGAAGAGAAGAGGCUGCAGCAUCUUAUCAACAUAGCAAAGCCCGCAUCCCUGCCAGCGUUAAAGCCAGUUGUCCCUACUGCUACUGGGGCAUCUGCAUCUCAUGAGGGGAAUGAUGAUGUGUCGACGCAUACAGGUGGCCACGUGCCUGUGGUUGGACACAUGAAAGGUUAUCACACACAUGGUGACGGCAAGUCCAAACCAAAGGGUUCGCAGAUUUUACAAGAACACCAGCCACUUUCAGAAUCUCAGGAAGGAGUUGAGGAAGAAGAAGAGGACGAGAGUGAUGAGAGACCAGAGAACAAUGGAAAGAGUGAUAAAAAUACCUUAAUAAAUAAAAAAUCUGGGGAUGAAAAUAAGAUUACAGUGAAGCCUCUUCCAACAACAAAACUUAAAGGCCCUCAGCUUCCACCACACCUGCUGGAUAAAGUAAGAAAAUUUGCAACAACCCCACAACCCGUCAGCUCAUCAAAUCUACCUGGUGAUCACGACAUUAUAGAACCGAUAAUUGCCCUAAUUAUGAAGUGUGAAGGUGACGAAAUUGUGAAGAAUGAACAAAAUGAAAGGGAAGUGUUGCCCAAAGACGAAUCCAUUGAGAAUCUUACAUCGUCAAAUGAUGCAUUGGAAUGUAACACUGAAGUACUUCACGAACGUACGAAACCCGAAGAAAGCACUGCUGUCUCGGUGAGUCAACAACCAAAAGACGUAACUCCGUCAGUGAUGGAGGUAACGGAAGAUACUACAUUGUUAGAGGUGGGCGACCAUGAUGAGGAAGACAAGCGUGCAACGAAGAGACGGCAGCACCAACAAAAUAGACAGAGAAAGAGGAAGAAGCAGGAAUCCGAUUCUGGGUAUGAUCCCUUAGACCCCAACUAUGCUGUGUGGGUUCCUCCUGCAGAUCAGAGUGGGGAUGGGAAAACAGCACUGAAUGACCGGUUUGGCUACUAACGAUUUCGAUGGUAUAUCAUUCGCUCACAUGUGGCACUUUUCCAAAGCUAUGCCAGUCGUCCUAAAGGGAGAACGCCAUCGGUUUGCAACAGAUUUGCUGACGUGUAAACAGAUUGAUGUAUUAUACAGUCCGAUUACAAUUUGUUUGAAAGACAAUAAGAUCGAGUAAAGUUCCGUUUGAGAAUCUGAAACAAUUUACCCAGUGUUUUCCUAGCCAGUCAAAAGCUAGUUAAAUGAGGAAAUGAGUCAUAACCUGCAUUGAUUAAACCCACAGCUUUGUAUAUUUUCUUUUAAAAAUGUAUUUGCAGGUAUUUGUAUAAAUGGACAUAUGACAUUCAUAUGUGUACCUACAAGUUCAAGAACAGUGAUGCUGAAAUUAUGUGCCUGUGUCACUAUUAAACUAAUUAUCUGUUUUAAUACAUUUAAUAAAUUAAAACCAUAAUGCUGAAUGUAUUUGACAAUAAAUCACUUUUGUUAAAACCAUCAAAAA